ACGUAUUUAUCCGUGGUGGCAGUAGUAAGUGGACUGCUGGGUGUGGGAACGUACGCUGCUUCUAUGUGUCCGACACGGGCGUCAAUAGAGAUAGUGCAGAUAGAUAUAUAACAAAUAGAACGCAUUAUGGUACCUUCCAGCAGUCAAAUUGCACGUAGCUACAGCGUUUAGAAUUGUAUGUUUCUACAUUCUGACCAGGCAGGUCUGGAGUGGAAGGGUGUAACGAGUCUAGUAAAGAGUGGAAGGGUGUUGCUAGCAAGUUCACAAUGGAGUCCUACGAUAUUAUAGCAAAUCAGCCGGUCGUGAUUGAUAAUGGCUCUGGUGUUGUUAAAGCUGGAUUUGCAGGGGACCAGAUCCCUAAAUACUGCUUCCCCAACUAUGUGGGUCGACCCAAGCAUGUUCGGGUGAUGGCUGGAGCUCUAGAAGGAGAUCUCUUCAUUGGACCUAAAGCUGAGGAGCACCGGGGACUGUUGUCUGUGCGUUACCCCAUGGAGCAUGGCAUCGUGAAGGACUGGAAUGACAUGGAGAGGAUCUGGCAGUACGUCUACUCCAAGGAGCAACUACAGACCUUCUCUGAAGAGCAUCCGGUACUGCUGACAGAAGCCCCCUUGAACCCGAGUAAAAACCGUGAGCGGGCUGCAGAGGUGUUCUUUGAGACCUUCAACGUACCGGCCCUCUUCAUCUCCAUGCAGGCGGUGUUGAGCCUCUAUGCCACUGGGAGGACCACAGGAGUGGUGCUGGAUUCUGGGGACGGGGUGACCCAUGCCGUGCCCAUCUACGAGGGCUUUGCCAUUCCUCACUCCAUCAUGCGGGUGGACAUCGCUGGGCGUGAUGUCUCGCGUUACCUGCGCCUGCUUCUACGUAAGGAGGGCUAUGACUUCCACACAUCCGCAGAGUUCGAGGUGGUCCGCACCAUCAAAGAGAGAGCAUGCUACCUUUCGUUGAACCCACAGAAAGAUGAGACCUUAGAGACCGAGAAGGCGCAGUACACCCUCCCUGAUGGCAGCACCUUGGAUAUUGGUCCUGCCAGGUUCCGAGCACCUGAGCUUCUCUUCCGUCCAGACCUGAUAGGAGACGAGAGCGAAGGAAUCCAUGAGGUUCUGGCUUUUGCCAUCCAGAAAUCGGACAUGGAUCUGAGACGAACUCUAUUCUCCAACAUUGUCCUCUCCGGAGGCUCCACACUUCUCAAAGGUUUUGGAGAUCGUUUGUUAAGUGAAGUAAAGAAAUUGGCGCCCAAAGAUGUAAAGAUCAAGAUCUCUGCGCCUCAAGAGAGACUCUACUCCACUUGGAUAGGGGGCUCCAUCCUGGCUUCCCUUGACACCUUUAAGAAAAUGUGGGUAUCAAAGAAAGAAUAUGAAGAAGACAGAGCGCGUGCCAUCCAUCGGAAAACCUUUUGAGGGAGGGAGAGAGAGAGAGUUCUGUCUACAAGCCUCUGAAUGGAGUCCACCAACUACUCUACACUGUAAUACCCCUUCCUCUUCAUCUGCAAGGAGAGGGAUGGCAUGCCUUCAACAGAACCCCCUACACACAUCCUAAACUGGGGAGACUGGACAGGACUGACGAUGUUGGGCAGAAAGAAAGAAGACAUAGUUUCUGUCCCAAAUUACAGCUUUAAGCGGCAUCUCUUGAUUUUAUUUUAUUAUUUUUUAACGUUUAUUGUUUAAUGCAAUGCUGCAUCAUUUGAAUGCAAAAGUAUCAUAUUUAUUGUGCUUCUGGUUUACUCCAUUUGAAGUAGAAGAUUCACCAUGUGACAUUGCUGUAAAGGUAAACGAGCUGCUUUACUUUAAUGAAUGGAUUCCGUUAAGAAAAACCCGGUUUUUACGUAUUUGGCUUUGUUACUAUGGCACUACGUAUAUACUGUAGAUCCCUAAAGAGCAUGUUAUCACUUCUUUCACACUAAGACUUGACACAGUUACAGUGAAUUGAAAUUGUACAAUUAUCAGUCACUUUCUGUUUCCUUGUAUGUAGUAUCCAAUGAACGGAAAAAAGAAAUGACUGAGCAGAAGCCAUGGCGGCAUGGAUGAUGGUGGUGGUAUUAUUAGAUGUUUAGAAGUACAAGCCAAGCGUAUGAAACAUGUCCUGUAUUUAGGUGAUCAUCAUAUAGUCUUGUUGAUAACAGUAGUAUGGUAACAAAUUCCUGAGGGUACCAUAAAAAGGCACUUUAUAGACAGCAAAUCAAAAUAAAAUGUCAAGUUGCUCUACACUGUUGUAUACUAGAUGACAAGAUGCACCUCAAUGAUGGUAUUUUACAGUGUAAUUGAAAAUAAGUGUUGGACCUUGGAAUUAAUAAUUAGACCUUGAAACAUUUUGAACAUAUUAUUGUUAGUGCUCUUUAGUUCAAGAUUUAAGUUUGAAGUUGAUGACUGCUCUAAGUGAUGGUUAUUCAUGAUUAUGUUUUGUAAAAUGGCAAAUAAAGGUAAAUUCACGUGUUA